GGCAUUUCCUCUUUAUUGUAGCCACUUCUGCCUACAAGUGAAGAGGCGGUGGUGACAAAGUAUGCCGCGAUUCCUUCUCCUCCCCAGACUGCAGUCGGGAUAGAAACACUUUGCCAUGUUGCGCGUGGUUGUGGAAUCCGCCACAGGUAUUCCAAAAAAGAAACUUGGAAAUCCAGAUCCUGUUACAGGGAUUGUUUUUAGAGGUGAAAAGAAGAAGACCAAAUUCAUUGCCAAUGAAUUAAAUCCUGUUUGGAAUGAAGUUGUCGAGUUUGAUUUGAAAGGGUCAGCUUUGGAUUCUUCCUCAUUUAUUGAUGUGAUUGUGAAAGACUAUGAAACAAUUGGAAAAGACAGAUUUAUUGGCUCUGUAAAGGUCUCCCUGCAAGACUUGGCAAGUGGUCAGGUACGGUCUCUUCCAGCAAAGAAUUUGCCGCUCAACAAUGAAAAAAAUCAGGAUAUUGGGGCAACAAUCAGUUUGGUUGUUGGAUAUGAGCCUCCAGUCAAUGCAACUCCAAACUCAUAUGACCAGACUGAUGGAGCACGGCUAGUCAGAGAUCCUGCAGGAGAGGGAGGUGAGGAGGAAGAUGAGGAUGAAGAUAAUGGAGGGCAGGGAGGGACACCAGGAGCAGCACCAUCUCUUGGUCAGCCAGGAAAUCCCACCCCAAGGGUGACCCACCCAAAGAGGAAACGGCUCAAACCCUUAGCCAGCAAACCUCAGGACUUCCAGAUCCGUGUUCGAGUUAUUGAAGCUCGUCAGUUGCCUGGCAACAACAUCAAGCCUGUUGUCAAGGUGAGCGUGUGUAGAGAAACAUACAGAACCAGGAUCCGAAGAGGAAACAACCCAUUCUUUGAUGAGAUUUUUUUUUACAAUGUCAACAUGUUACCCUCAGAACUGUUUGAAGACUUCAUCAGCAUUCGGGUGUUCGACUCAUUUUCUCUCAGAGCAGACAGCCUGAUGGGAGAGUUUAAGCUUGAUGUUGGAUACGUCUAUGAUGAACCAGCACACUGCAUCCUGAGGAAGUGGCUGUUGCUGAGUGACCUGGAUGACAGCAGCUGUGGAGCAAGGGGAUACCUGAAAGUCAGUGUGAUGAUCGUGGGGACAGGAGAUGAUCCUCUGAUGGAGAGAAAGGAGAGUGAUGACGAGCAGGAUGACAUCGAGAGUAAUCUUCUGCUACCGGCAGGAGCCACGCUGCGAUGGGUCAUUUUAACUCUGAAGGUUUACCGUGCAGAGGACAUGCCCCAAAUGGAUGAUGCAUUUGUACAGACAAUCAAGCAAGUGUUUGGAGGGAAUGGUGACAAGAAAAAUUUAGUGGAUCCAUUUUUGGAAGUCAGCUUUGCUGGAAAAAAGCUCUGCACUAAAAUUAUUGAGAAAAAUGCAAACCCAGAAUGGAACCAGCUCAUCAACUUGCAAUUCAAGUUCCCAUCUAUGUGUGAGCGCAUCAAACUGACUGUUUAUGACUGGGAUCGACUGACGAGAAAUGAUGCAAUAGGAACCACCUAUUUAAACCUGAGUCAAAUAGCAUCCUCUGGUGGUGAGAUUGCAGACACACGUUUUGAUCAUGGGGCUUCUCCAGCAUCUGAAGUGAACACUGGGAAUUCAGAAGUGGGGUUUCUGCCGGCGUUUGGUCCCUGCUACCUAAACCUGUACGGCAGCCCCAGGGAAUUCACAGGACUACCUGACCCAUAUGAGGAGCUCAAUUCAGGGAAGGGUGAAGGACUUGCCUUCAGAGGAAGAGUUCUGGUAGAACUGUCUACCAAACUUGAUGGGAAAGCUGAGAAGAAAGUGGAGGACAUUCCCAGUGACGACAUCUUAGUGGCUCAGAAAUACCAGAGGCGGAGGAAAUACUCCAUGUGUGCAGUGUUCCACAGUGCCUGCAUGCUGCAGGAACCUGGCGAGCCCGUCCAAUUUGAAGUCAGCAUCGGCAACUAUGGCAACAAGCUGGACUCCAGUUGCAAACCACUGGCAUCCACAACCCAGUACAGCUGUGCUGUGUUUGAUGGAAACCACUACUAUUACCUGCCCUGGGGUAACACCAAGCCUGUUGUCAUAAUCACAUCUUUCUGGGAGGACAUAAGCCACCGUUUAGAUUCUGUGAACAUCCUUCUCUACAUCACCAACCGAUUACAAUCCAACAUCAUCUCACUGAAGACAGCCAUUUCAGCCAAAGUCUCAGAAGCUCGCCUGGCUGAGAUCUGGCUAAAGCUCAUCAACCAGGUGAUAGAGGACCUCAGCAGUUUCCAGAUGCCGGAUUUAGAGGGAAAGCCGAACCUGACAGCCCUGGACCUUCAGAUUAAAAAUCUGCGGGACAGCAGCAUGGAGAGCAUCUGUGAGGCAGCCAAGCGCAUGAAGGAGGAGGCCACCCAUGUGCAGGCCACUCUGGGAGACAUUGAGGACUGGCUAGAGAGACUGAGGCAGCUGUCUGAAGAGCCCCAGAGCAGUAUGCCUGACGUGAUCAUCUGGAUGUUACGCGGAGAGAGAAGGGUGGCCUAUGCUCGUGUCCCGGCCAAUCAGAUCCUGUACUCUAACUACAGUGAGCAGUCCAUUGGAAAGUACUGUGGCAGGACCCAGACCAUCCUUAUGCAGUACCCCAUGGACAAAAACAAAGGUGUGAAGAUCCCAGUCCAACUUCGUGUCAACAUGUGGCUGGGACUUUCAGUACACGAAAAGAAAUUCAACAGCUUUUCAGAGGGAGUGUUCAGUGUAUUUGCAGAAAUGACACAUAUCUGUGAACAGUAUGAAAACCAGGCCCAGGUGUUUGGGAAGUGGGGGACCACUGGUUUGGUGGGGCGGCACAAGUUCUCGGACGUGACGGGGAAGCUGAAGCUGAAGCAGGAGUACUUCAUCCCCCCACACGGCUGGGAUUGGGAGGGGCAAUGGUUUGUGGAUCCAGAGAGGGGUUUGCUAGUGGAGGCUGACGCAGGACACACAGAGUUCACGGACGAGGUAUUCCAGAACGAGACACGCUUCCCUGGGGGAGAGUGGAAGCCGGCUGCUGAGCCUUACACGGACGUGAAUGGGGAGAAGACCCAGACCCCAGGGGAGAUUGAAUGUCCUCCCGGCUGGAAGUGGGAGAAUGACUGGAGCUUUGAUAGCAACAGAGCUGUGGAUGAAAAAGGCUGGGAGUAUGGGGUCACAGUUCAUCCACAUGACAAACCAAAGUCCUGGGCACCAGCGGAGAAGAUGUACCAUGUCCACCGGCGGAGGAGAAUGAUCCGGCCACGGAGGAAGGUUGCAGAUACCAGCUCCACCACAGAGAAACGGGACCCUGGAGAGGGCUGGGAGUACUCCUCUCUCAUUGGCUGGAAGUUUCAUCAGAAAGAGCGGUCCUCCGACACAUUUCGGCGACGGCGCUGGAGGAGGAAAAUGGCCCCCUCUGACCGCAUGGGGGCAUCUGCCAUCUUCAACCUAGAGGGGGCGAUGGGGAUUGAUGAAGAUGAAAAAAGUUCCAAAAAGGAAGCUGUUAAACUAUUUGGUGCCAAAACACCCAUUGUUUCCUGCAGCUUCAACAGAUCUUUUAUGUAUCACCUCAGGGUCUAUGUUUACCAAGCUAGAAACCUUAUUGCAAUGGACAAAGACAGCUUCUCAGAUCCCUAUGCCCAUGUGUCCUUUCUACAUGUGAGCAAAACUACAGAGAUCAUCAAGUCUACUCUCAAUCCCAUCUGGGACCAGACCCUCAUCUUCAACCACAUUGAAAUCUAUGGUGACCCCCAGACUCUUGCUCACAACCCACCCAGUGUUUUCCUGGAGGUCUAUGACAGUGACCAAGUGGGUAAAGACGAACCACUGGGCAGGUGCACAUGCACCCCUCUGGUUAAGCUGAAGCCCAGCCCAGAGGUCUCCCCCAAACUGCUCUGGUUCCCCAUCAAGCUGAAAGGCAGGAGCGCCGGUGAGAUGCUGGUGGCUGCUGAACUGAUCCUGAAAGACAAGGCAAAUGAGGCCGCUUUGCCCAUCGUUCCCCCCAGGAGAGCGGAGAAGCUGUUCAUGGUUCCUCAGGGAAUCCGGCCCGUGGUACAGCUCACUGCCAUUGAGAUUUUGGCCUGGGGUUUGCGCAAUAUGAAACCCUACCAGCUGGCUCCCGUCUGCUCCCCCAGCCUCAUAGUGGAAUGUGGGGGUGAGAUUGUGCAGUCUGCAGUCAUAAGAAACAUCAAGAAGAAUCCAAACUUCCCUUGCUCUGUCCUCUUCCUAAAAGUGCUACUUCCCAAAGAGGAGAUGUACACACCCCCCAUCGUGCUGAAAGUGAUCGAUCACAGGCCCUUUGGUAGGAAGCCCAUCGUAGGACAGUGCACCAUCACCUCCCUGGAAGACUUUCGCUGUGACCCCUACAGGGCUGGUGCCCAGGUAGCCAUGGCUGCCAAAGUGGCUCUGCUGGCCGUGGUCCCACAGGACACUGUCAUCAACAUGGAGGAGAGAACACCAGUUCUCAAAGUUGAGAGACCAGAAAGGGAGAGGGAAACAGUGGACUGGUGGAGUAAGUUCUAUGCCUCCAUUGGAGAACAUGAGAAGUGUGGGCCCUACCUUCAGAAAGGGUACGACACCCUAAAGGUGUAUGACACAGAGCUGGAGGAUGUUCCUGAGUUCCAAGGGCUGACUGACUUCUGCAGAACCUUCAGUCUGCAGAGGGGUAAGAAUGAGGAGCAGGAGGAGGAGGACCCCUCAGUGGUGGGAGAAUUCAAGGGGUCAUUCAAAGUGUACCCCCUGUCUGAUGACCCUGGGGUUUCUGCACCUCCUCGCCAAUUUCGGGAGUUGCCCAACAAUGGGCCUCAGGAGUGUCUGGUCAGAAUUUACAUCAUCCGCUGCAUCGACCUGCAGCCCAAAGACAACAACGGCAUGUGUGAUCCUUAUGUUAAGAUUUCACUGGGGAAGAAAACGAUUGAGGACAGAGAUCACUACAAACCGAAUACCCUCAAUCCUGUGUUUGGAAGAAUGUUUGAAAUUUCCUGCUUCCUUCCUCAAGACAAAGACCUGAAAAUAGCCAUUUAUGACUAUGAUUUGCUGAGCCGUGAUGAAAAAGUUGGGGAGACAGUGAUUGACCUGGAAAACCGAUUCCUCUCUCAUUUCGGCUCAUAUUGUGGCCUGCCACAGACUUACUGUGUCUCUGGUAUCAACCAGUGGAGAGACCAACUCAAGCCAUCUCAGAUCCUCCAGAAUGUUGCCAAAUUGAAAGGAAUCCCUCUACCCUGCUUUAGAGACAACAGCAACACGCUAAGCUUUGGAGGGCGAGACUACAGAUUAGCUGAAUUUGAAGCCAACAAACCCAUCCACCAGCAGCUGGGCCCACCCAGUGAGAGGCUGUCUUUGCAUGUGCUCAGAAGGCAGGGAUUGGUCCCAGAGCACGUGGAGACCAGGACUCUGUACAGCAGUUUCCAGCCAACGCUGUCUCAGGGGAGGAUUCAAAUGUGGGUAGAUGUCUUCCCCAAAAGCCUUGGUGUUCCUGCACCUCCCUUUGACAUCAGUCCACGCAAAGCCAAGAGAUAUUUCCUGCGUGUUGUUAUUUGGAACACGACUGAUGUCAUUUUGGAUGAAACCAACAUCACAGGGGAACACAUGAGUGACAUUUAUGUCAAAGGGUGGAUGCCAGGUAUGGAGGAUGACAAGCAGAAGACUGAUGUUCACUACCGGUCCCUGGAUGGGGAUGGAAACUUCAACUGGAGAUUUGUCUUUGCAUUUGACUACCUGCCUGCCGAACAGCUGUGUCUUGUAUCUAGGAAGGAGCAUUUUUGGAGCCUUGAUAAAACCGAGUUCAGAACAUCUCCAAGACUGAUCAUCCAGAUAUGGGACAAUGACAAGUUCUCACUGGAUGACUACUUAGGCACUGUGGAGCUGGAUCUCCACCACCUAAUUCCUCCUUCCAAGACUCCUGAGAAGUGUAGCCUGAACAUGCUUCCGGGGGCGAUAGUCACGGCCAAAACCAAAACCCUGCCUGCCAACUCUUUGUUUGCCCAGAAAUCCGUCCGAGGCUGGUGGCCCUGUAUGAUCGAGCAGGAUGGAAAGAAAGUUCUGGGAGGAAAGGUGCAAAUGACCCUGGAGAUAGUGAACGAAAAAGAGAUGGAUGAGAGACCCGCUGGGAGAGGACGGGAUGAACCUAACAUGAACCCAAAGCUGGACCUGCCCAAUCGCCCAGAUACCUCCUUCCUUUGGUUUACAAACCCAUGCAAGACCAUGAAAUUCAUUGUGUGGCGCAGAUUCAAAUGGGUCUUCAUUGGAGUCAUUAUUCUGCUGCUUAUACUCCUCUUCCUAGGAAUUCUGCUGUACUCAUUACCAAAUUACAUCUCAAUGAAAAUUGUAAAACCGUUCAAUUAAGAGCUGUCAAAACAAUGGAAACCAAAUCUGUCAGCCACAAAUGAGGAACCUUGUUUUAUUCUUUUUCAACCUGAGGCUGAGCUUCCAGUAUAAUCAAGGAUUAUAUGUUGCCAUGGAAGGUUAUGUACCUUAACUAUUUAUAGCUGCAAUUUCAGGCCCCCACUCAGUCUAACCACAACACACUUUGUCCAUUACUUUAAAUGAAUCAAACCCAAGAAUUUAAAACAGUAUUUCAGUUUUCUUUCACAAAACCUUUAAUUUCAUCGACCAAAUUAUUAAUGUAACUGUAACUGUAACUGUGACUCUGCAGAUUUUCAUUGUUUUUUUCCAUGCGUUUUCUUUGACAAUGGCGAUAGCUGUAUGUAAACAUUUUAUCAAUUUCAUUCACAUUUUCAUAUAUGUUAUUCCCAGCAGAGCUCAACCAUAUUCACCAGAAUUUGUCAUGCUCAUGGUUGUAAUUUGUGUACAAACAGCUGUAUCAAUACUAAUAAUGAAAAACCACAAGAUAUAUGUAGUAAUGCAUGGAAAACAAAGUGGAUUUUCAGUGGUCCAUGCUUGUAUUGUUAUUUUUAACAAAGGAAAACAUUCCCAGUAAUCAAUGUAUAACAUCUAUUUUGUCUUGACAUGUUUUUGAAACUACUAGCAUUUUAAGCUUUUUAAAAGUCAAAAUAUCAAUGUAUGUGUCAGGGCUCUGCCCCCCUAGCUGUGGUGUUUUUGU